UCAUUAUAAAACAAGUAAAAAAAUUGCUAAAUAGCAGCGCCGCUCCCAAUUGCCUACUUUUAUCAUAUCAAGCAUGAUUUUGCUUUCCUGGUGAGCGAUUGUAACAUAACAGACCCGUUUAAUAAAGACCCGAUUUUCAAACAACUGGACUUUGCUGCCAAUGGCUACGACACAGUCCCAAAACCACCAGUUCGUGUUCAGUGAUGUAAUGUCGUAUAACGUUCACGGCAAUUUCGUAUCGGAAAAAAUAAGUAAAAUCCGAUGGCGACCGGACGGCUUCAACGAGAGCAACUCCUUCGUAACGGGGAGCGCCGACAACGACGUAAACAACGUAAGGUUGUGGGAGUUUUGCGAAAUCGAGGAGGACAUUUUUCCGAUCGCGGUCGCGUCCCUCCCCUACUGCGGGGACGUGACUGAAAUAAAAUUUCUGAACCCCAACUACUUCGUCAGCAGUUCUUCCUCGGGCUCGGUCCAUUUGCAAACGAUCGUAACUGGACCGGCCGACGAUGUCGGUUUAAAACAGGAAAACAAGUGGACGGACAUCCAUUAUUUCUUCAACGGUGACCGGAGUAGCUGCACAGGUUUGGCUCUGUACGAGAGCGAUAUCGUAACGGUGGGAGAAGACGGCAGGAUUAAUUUAUUGACAGCUCAAAUGGAAAACGUGGUCCGUACGAUAGAAAAUGCCGACAGCUGUUCCAUCCAAAGCGUCAUUUUCAUGAAACACAACGAAAUACUGACGAGCAACCUGCGCGCCCAAAUGAAAAUAUGGGACUUGAGAGUCCCCGACGACAAACCAAGCAACAGUUUUAUGCUCAACGGGGACCAAGUGAUCCCCACUUGUUUGGCAUUCCAUCCGAACCAACGGCACCUGGUGAUCGCCGGCGACGAGCUCGGCGCCUUGAGCGUUUGGGAUCUGCGCCACGACACGUUUCCCGUGAACGUUUUCAACGCGCACGAGGGCUCGAUAUCGGAAAUCCAAUUCAACCGAGACGACCCGAAUAAACUAUUUAGCUGUUCGAGCGCCGGCGAAGUCUGGCACUGGGCGAGCAAGGGUCGGAAACAGUUUUCCUCGGGGUUCGACGAGGACGCAAGCGUGUGGCUCGUUCCGGGUUCCGCCAAAAGUAACCUGGAAGUGUUUACCUUGAUGUCGACCAUCGACAAACCCAUCAAUUCGUUGGACAUGUGCAAGGGCAGGGUUAUAUGCGGGUGCGAUAACGAGGCGAUCUAUUUAAUUAACGGGCCCGACCUUUAGCUGUAGUUAUUUUGUACUUUUUAAUAAAAAAUUAAUAAAACGCUUCCCAAAUUAAGUGUCGAUGUUA